CAACUUCGGUACGGCAGCCGCCCCGCCGCCGCACUCCCCCGGACUGAUGGCGGAGACGGUGGUGGUCAUCGGAGCCGGGCUGGCGGGUCUAGCCGCCGCCCAGCAGCUGCGCCAGCUGGGAUACCGAGUGGUGGUGCUGGAGGCGCGGGAGCGGCCGGGGGGCAGGGUGCACACGGCACGCAUGGAGGCCGGCGGCUGCGCGGGUCUAGCCGAGCUGGGCGGCUCCAUCGUGACCGGCUGCGACGGCAACCCGCUUGCCGUGCUGGCGCUGCAGGGGGGCGUGCCGCUGCACAACAUAGCGGAGCACACGCCGGCUUACUGGGAGGGCGGGCAGCCGGUGGGGGAGGAGCUGGACAGACAGGUGAUGGACCGCUACAAUGCGGUGCUGGAGCGCUGUGACGCGCUGUGCCAGCAGCUGUCGGGCCCCGCGGGGGACCUCAUAUCCGUUGAGGCGGCACUGAGCGCCAUGUGGGG